CGUAACCAAAACACAUGCUCCUCCACCACUGACCACCCCCUCCUUCGUUUUGCUUCUUCAAUUCUCUUCUGCAUAGCUAGCUAGCUAGCUUGUUUGCUUUAAUUUGGUUCCAUAAAUUUUCUUGAUCUGGGUUCUUGAAUUGAAGAAAGUAGCAAGCAAAUUAAUUAAUUAAUUAAGAUCAGAUGAGAUGAUAAGUUUAGCUGAUUUGUACCAUGUAAUGACUGCAGUGGUUCCACUGUAUGUGGCCAUGAUUCUAGCCUAUGGGUCUGUGAAGUGGUGGAAGAUCUUCUCACCAGACCAGUGUUCUGGGAUCAACCGCUUUGUUGCCCUGUUUGCAGUCCCUCUCCUAUCCUUUCACUUCAUAGCAGGCAAUGAUCCAUACACCAUGAACUUACGGUUCAUUCUAGCAGACACCCUGCAGAAGCUGAUUGUUCUUGGGGUGCUAGCUGUGUGGGCUAAUCUGAGCAAGAAGGGGAGUUUGGAGUGGAGUAUAACCCUCUUCUCCCUAUCAACUUUGCCCAACACUCUUGUGAUGGGCAUCCCAUUGUUGAAAGGGAUGUAUGGGGCCUUUUCUGGGAGCUUGAUGGUUCAGAUAGUUGUACUCCAGUGCAUCAUAUGGUACACCUUGAUGCUGUUCUUGUUUGAGUUCAGAGGUGCAAGGAUGCUCAUUUCUGAGCAGUUCCCAAACACUGCUGCCUCAAUUGUGUCUAUCCAUGUCGACUCGGAUGUGAUUUCACUGGACGGAAGGCAAGGUUUGGAGACGGAGGCAGAGGUUAAAGAGGACGGCAAGCUUCAUAUCACUGUGAGAAAAUCUAAUGCCUCAAGAUCAGAUAUCUUCUCCAGAAACACCCCAAGGCCAUCAAACCUCACCAAUGCAGAGAUUUACUCUCUGCAAUCCUCAAGAAACCCCACCCCCAGAGGCUCCAGUUUCAACCACACAGACUUCUACUCAAGGAACUCAAAUUUUGGUCCAACCCCAAGGCCUUCAAACUACGAAGAAGAGACGACAAGAUUCCAUUACCCAGCUCCUAACCCAGCCAUGUUUUCGCCUUCUAAAACACUUGGAGAAGAAGGUGGCAAUAAUAAUAACAAUAAGGAUCUUCACAUGUUUGUUUGGAGCUCUAGUGCCUCUCCUGUUUCAGAUGUCUUUGGAGACCAGCCUCCUGCACCCAAAGUUGAGGGUCACAGAAACAACAAUCAAGAAAGCUACAUGGAGAGUAGGGAAGAAUUCAUGUUUGGGAAUAGAGAUGUAGAAAUAUUGAACAACCAUGAAGCAGAUGAUGAUGAUAAGAAAGUUGGAGAGAAAGCCAUGCCUCCCACCAGUGUCAUGACUAGGCUUAUACUCAUCAUGGUCUGGAGAAAACUCAUCAGAAACCCAAACACUUACUCCAGCUUGUUUGGCCUUACCUGGUCCCUAAUCUCAUUCAGGUGGAAUGUGAAGAUGCCUGCUAUAAUUGCACAGUCCAUAUCCAUUCUGUCAGAUGCAGGACUUGGCAUGGCGAUGUUCAGUCUUGGGUUGUUCAUGGCUUUGCAACCAAGAAUCAUAGCAUGUGGGAAUAGAGUAGCAGCUUUUGCCAUGGCUGUGAGGUUCCUUACUGGUCCUGCUGUCAUGGCUGCUGCUUCCAUUGCUGUUGGCCUUCGUGGUGUCCUCUUACAUGUUGCCAUUGUUCAGGCAGCUCUACCUCAAGGAAUUGUCCCCUUUGUCUUCGCCAAGGAAUACAACGUACACCCUGAUAUUCUUAGCACAGCGGUGAUAUUUGGAAUGUUAAUUGCGUUACCAAUAACGCUGGUCUACUACAUUUUGUUGGGAAUAUGAUGAUGAAGAGUGAAUUUUUGCUUAGACUCGAUUCACAUAGCUGAGCAUAUAUAAGUGAAAUGAGGAAAAAAUAGGGGAAAUAUAUAUGAAAUGUGUGUCGCUAAUGGGGUUGUAUCUGGUAGUGACAUUGUAAAAUCAAGUUUGUAGCAAAAUUAAUUGAUCACAAAAAAAAAAAUAAAUAAAUAAAAAAUAAAAAUCCUCACGAAUUAAUU